CCCUCCCCACACACACACACACACUCACAAACAUCCUCAUACUGUUUGCGUUGCAUCAGUCCCUUCCACUAUUAAUCCAGCCGGGUUGUGCCUCUGUGCUUUGCGGCACUUGCAAUCUGAUGAAUUCCCAGCGGAUGGCAGGAUUUUGAAGCAGCAACUUUACUCUUGAUUUCUGCGUCAGUGGGAGCUUCACAUCAGAGCCUCUGGUUCAGAGUUGGGACUCAACUCCCCUAAACUCUGCUGGGCCAAACCAUGAGGUCCCAUCCAGGCACCACGAUGCUGCUGCUGCUGCCCAUCGCCCUCUGCCUCGGUUUGGUCCCUGUGUGUUUCGGGGCGGCAAUUCCAAUUUCAUGUGGUUCCAUCUACAAGAGUUUUGCCCAGUGUUUACUCACACUCGGGGACAGUUUGGUGGAAACACAAAAAGACCAGAGUACACAGGACAUCGAUGCAAUCUGCAGGUCCUGGAAUGCGUUCCACGAUUGUGCAAACUCAGCCCUUGCCGGCUGUCCCGGAGAGGCAGCAGCUGUCUGGGAGUCUCUAAGACAGGAGUCCAGGAAAACAGAGUUUUCUGGAAACCUCUACGACAUGUGCGCCAGUCGCACGACCCUCCCACCCAGCACUGUGCCUGCACCCCAGAACCCCCCCACCUCCGACCAGACUAACAAGGAGACACUGAAAGGCCGAACACACAAACACAGCCCCACCCUCAGCACGCUGCUGUUCCCUGUGUGCAGCACGCUACUCGUUCUGCUCAGGAGUUAGUAAGCUUCUCAGUCAGUGUGAUGACAGCUGAGAGUCCUCCACCUGCCGCCAUCCAAACACACGAGGUUCACAUGUCAGACGUGUCAAGAUUACUCACUGAAACCCUGAAAUCCGGAUUUCAGAAACAGGAUCAAAUGAAGAAUUUGGUUUUGUGUUUCUUACAGGGACAGUAUAAAAUAUCUAUUUAGACAUUAACUGAUCAGAUUAUUACUGGUAUGAGCUUACGUGCCUCUGCCUCCGAGAGGACACCGAGGACGCUGCUUUCAUUCUGACAUAAAUUACCCUUACUGUGGUUUUACUUUUUUAUAUAUGUGGAUGGCACAUAUCCAGUCAGUAUUAAAUUAUAUUGACGUCAUUUACUAUUACUUAGUCACAAUAUUUAAGGCUGGAGAAACAAACAGUUUAAUCCAGGGAGAGAAGAAGUAAUCGCACAACUGCACUACGUCACAUCACUACAUCACAGAGGGAUUUUUAUUUCAAUGCCAGGUGUUCAGAUGCAUUUGUAAUCCAAUCAUGCGUGAGAUCACUAUUAUAGGGGGUAAAACAAUACUUUAGAGAGUAUAACUCAUCUCUGUCUGUGACUGGUUUAAAAUCAGAGAAUUUGUUUCUGUGUGGAUGGAUUCUUUGCGUUGUUUACAUGUUGUUGCUAAAUUUCUAUCACUGUUUAAAACUGUAUCAUUUCAUGUGACUCCUCUCAGUGGUUUACUCGUCCUUUUUGAGCAUUUUUACUGUUUAUGUUGCUUUUUCUACUCUGAACGAUGCAGGGAACGAUGCAGGGAAGUUUUAACCUUGAUAAAUGAUAUACAGUAUACAUUAAUGAAUCCCCUGUGGGGCAAUUAAAAAGAAUUCACAGCAGAUCAGAAACUUCUCAAUAUAACACAUACGGCAAAAUAACAUAUAAAAUAAAUUUCAAUAUUCAAGA